CCAAAGUUCAUAAAUUUCCUCAAUAAAUCUUUCUGAACUUCACAGUAUAUUAUUUCUAAGCCAAAGGUAAUGAGACAUAACAAUAUGGCAUACUGGUGCAGCCAUAAUAUUAUUCCAUAUUGGCUUUUCUUGAUUCAAACAUACCUGUUACUACUAUUAGUAGCCGGAUCUAAACCAGGACAAAAAAUCCCAGCAGUCAUAGUGUUUGGAGACUCAUCAGUCGACUCAGGUAACAACAACUUCAUUCCAACAAUAGCCAGGAGCAAUUUCAUGCCCUAUGGCCGUGACUUUUUUGGAGGUUUCCCUACCGGAAGAUUCUGCAAUGGCCGGCUUCCGCCGGACUUUAUCUCUGAGGCAGUAGGCCUCAAGCCAUUAGUACCUGCCUACUUGGAUCCAGCUUAUAACAUAUCAGAUUUUUCUUAUGGAGUUUGCUUUGCUUCAGCUGGGACAGGCUUUGACAAUGCCACUUCUAAUGUGUUAGGUGUAAUUCCUCUAUGGAAGGAGGUGGAAUUCUACAAGGAAUACCAAAAGAAACUGAGAGACUAUCUUGGUGAUGAGAAGGCACAGGUGAUAAUAAGUGAGGCUUUGUAUUUGGUGAGCAUUGGGACAAACGACUUCCUUGAGAACUAUUACUCAUCGCCCGAAAAACAAAAACAGUUAACUGUGAGUCAGUAUGAGGAUUUUCUUAUAGGGCUGGCUUGGAAUUUUGUUAAGGAUCUGUAUUUUCUUGGGGCCAGGAAAAUAUCCCUUGCUGGGCUUCCUCCAAUGGGCUGUUUGCCACUACAGAGAGCCACCAAUAUCAUGCAAGACCAUGCUUGUGCGGAGGACAAGAACAGUGUGGCGAGGGAGUUUAAUAUGAAGUUGAUUACUUUGGUGGCAAAUUUGAACAAUUACUUUCCAGGACUUCAACUGGUCUACUCAGAUGCUUAUACAGUCUUUCUAGACAUCAUAACAAGCCCUUCCAAAUAUGGGUUUGAGGUGGCAAAUUAUGGAUGCUGUGGCACAGGGAGAUUUGAGAUGAGUUUUCUAUGCAACAAGCACAAUCCAUUCACAUGCCCUGAUGCAAAUAAAUACGUGUUUUGGGAUGCCUUCCAUCCUUCAGAAAAAACCGACCAAAUCAUCUCAUACAACUUACUUAAAACUAGUCUAGCCAAAUUUGUUUGAUCAGUUGCUGCUACUACGCACACAAACAUGUGCUUUGAUAACAAAAAUUCAUUUGUGCCUAUGAAAUCAAAAUAUUACCACAAGGCAUAUUCAUGUGCACUUGUUA